AUGGAUUUUAUGAUCUCCAAGUUUUGCGACGAGGAGAAUUCACCGCCAAUACAGUAUCUGAAUAACAACGCUGCCGCCGAGGACAAAGGACCAAAUGCCGUGCGCCUGCCUCCUGAAAUGGAAUUGGGCAACGUCGAAUACAAAGUAAAGCUGCUGAACCCAAGUGCCUCUCGACUGGAACAUUUAAUUACUCAAAUGAAAUGGCGCCUACGCGAGGGACAAGGGGAAGCCAUUUACGAGAUCGGCGUCAGGGAUGACGGCGCUGUCUGCGGACUUACCGACGCGGAGCUAGAAGCUUCGUAUGUGACCCUUCGGCACAUGGCAUCGUCUCUGAAUGCGACCGUCGGAAUUCUUAACGAGCGUGACGUGACGCCGCAGAAUUCGCUGGUCCGACGCCGCGCCAUUGAAGUGUUGAUCCGUCUCGUGCCUGAAAAUCAACAAUUUCUGGAGUUGCGGCUGGCGAUACUUGGUGGUGGAGAUGUGGGAAAGUCGACGCUUUGCGGUGUGCUGACACAGGGGGGAUAUGAUGACGGGCAGGGCAGCAAGCGACAAGCCCUUUUUCGCUAUCCUCAUGAGCUCAAUUCCGGAAAGACUAGUUCGAUCUGUCUCGACGUUGUCGGCUUUGAUUCGCGCGGAAAGAUCGUGAAUUACGUCAAAAAAACUUUGGAGGAGGUUGUGGAGCGAUCUCAAAAGCUGGUGACUCUGAUUGAUCUUGCUGGUGACAUAAAAUAUCUGCGCACUACCAUCCAAGGAUUGUCGGGUCACAAUCCGCAAUGCUGCUGCCUGUUGAUCUCGGCCGAAACCGGGCCAACGGUGGCAACUCGCGAACAUCUCGGAUUGGUGCGCGCUCUUUCAAUCCCAUUUUUCGUCGUCCUCACCAAGCGGGAUCUCGUCGACAGGGCUCAGUUCUUGAGGGUCAGCAAACAAGUAGGAAUGCUGCUUGUCCGCGCCGGAGUAUCGGGUGGAAUGAGACGGGUGAAAAGUACUCAGGAUGCACUAAGGGCCGCCGCCAAUAUGGCCAAGGGGAUCAUUCCGGUGCUGGCCAUCUCAUCUGUGACUGGCGAAGGACACAAGUUGCUCCGUCGUUUUCUCAACUACCUGCCUGUGGACUGCACGAUAAUGGAUGAGCGCCAAAGCAAGGAGCUGCAGGCCCGCAACCCGUACUUCAUAAUUGAAGAAGUCUUUAAUGUGCCUCAUGUGGGCACCAUCGCUUGUGGAAUGCUGCAGGAGGGUCGCAUCAAUGAGGGCGAUAAACUGGUGAUGGGCCCCGCGAAGAAUGGAAGCUUCGAGCUGGUAGAAGUUGGCUCAAUUCGACGAUCCCGACAACCGGUGCGCUCGAUUCUCCCCGGCCAAGGUGCCUCGAUCGCCAUCAAUUUUCAUGGCGCUGAGACAGCGGUUCGCAGGGGCAUGGUACUUCAAUCCAUCCGCAGCAGGGAGUCGGCUUGCAUCCACUUCACGGCUAACAUCAUGCUGCUCUCUCACCCUACAACUGCUGUAUGUACCGGGUUCCAGUUUACAGUGUACAUCGGCUCGGUCUGCCAGACUGCCAAAUUGCUGGGAUUUGAUGGCGCCGUAGCCUUGGAAAUUGGCAAGUGGACGCUGGCCCGCUUCGCCUUUAUAUUCCAUCCUGAGGCUGUCCGUGUCGGCACCCCGUUGAUCAUCCGCCAAGGCAAGACCAAAGGAAUGGGCGAAGUCGUCGAAAUUUUUCCCUGGCUCCCCUGCCCUUCUUCUUGC